AUGGGGGACUCCUCAGAGCCCAGCUCCGAGCUGGACGACUCUGAUGCCGUGAAACUCUUUGAAAGCUACAAGCUACAGCGGGCCCAGAGGGAACUGGACCUAACCACCUACCUGCAGACACAGCGCACCGAAGAGCUUGCCAUCCUUACCAAGGCAUACGGCGGGCGGGAACUCCCAGAAGCAGAGACUGGGGGUGACUAUUUUGCACCUUCACCUCAUUCUAGCCAUGAAGAUUCAGUACUAAGCAAGUCCCUAGGGGAUGAGAAUUGCAUACACCCCAAUCAGCCUGAGAUGGUAGAUUCCAUCCAAGACAAAGUAGAGACAGAAAGCAUUCCUCCUUCUCCCGAUGAAGCACUGCAAAGAGAGAUGGAGCGCCUCAAUUACGAGAUGAUGCUCGAGAUGAGAGCAUCUUCCAACGUGAGCCAGUAUAUCCAGACUCUCGCUGAGCUUCUUUCCUUCAGUAGCUUGGCGGAGGAGUGCACAGAAGAGCAUAAGGCCCGGCAAAGAAGGCUUUCGGUUGUCCAAGCUCUCUCCUACUCUGCAUUAACACGGAAGCAUGUCACGUUGCAGGCUCCGGUUCUUCUGCCCCAGCUCCUACCGUCUGUGCUGCAGGAACAACCGGCUCAUAGGUCCUUGUACGAGUAUUAUCACCAGUUACGUAAGCGGGAUCUAGUGCAAUUCAUGUCCGAUCUCUGUGGAACAGCUACGCUGCUUUUAAGUGAGCGGAGAUAUCGUGCAGCAUUCACUAAAAAACUGACAGCAUUGACUCUCUCAUCCACUCGGUUGAUUCUGUCUGUGUCUGAUGUUUCAUUAAGCUUUCAUGGUCGUCCAACGGCUUUUGUUACUUCCCUAUCAUCUCUACAGUUUGUUGAAUUAGUAAUAACGAAAGACAACGCGUUAUCAUGGCCAUCUUCACUACCGAAUGAAGUCAAUGUCUUUGUGACUACGCUCUCCAUACGCGGCCCUCUUGAAAUGACCAUUGAACAGUCAUUGGUUGACUUAUUGCUUCGUUACUUUAAUGAGCAUCCGCCUCUUUAUCUUACCCUUUUCUCUGCCGCCAGUAUCGAGUCUACUUCUACACUCUUGACCAAUCUUCUACGUCUUUCUCCACCACUCGUGUCUGUUGCUAUAAAUGACUGUACCCUUACAUCUAUAGCUUUGAAGGGCCUGGGAUUGAGUGACUCUUUGAUGUUGCUCUACCUCGACCUUUCGAACAACACAUUGGAGGCCGUGGAUGGAACACUAUUUCCUCCCAACCUUGUCUCCCUCAAUCUAUCUAAUAAUCGGAUUUCUCAAUUUGAGGCUGUAGGGCUUUCUAGGCUUCAGGUGUUAAAGCUAGGGGGAAACUCCUUCACACACCUCCCUCCCCUUCAAUCUCUACCUAUGCUUACACAGGCUUAUCUUGAGAACAAUCGGAUAACACGCUUGGAUCUUCACAGUCUAGCCAAUAAUCCCCGGCUUGCCUUUCUUUCUCUCAAUAACAAUAAUAUAACAGCCUUAAACGCAGGAGGUGCUUCUGAAAGAUUUAUUUCGCUUGACUCUUUGGAGAUACUGACCCUCAAGGAUAAUCCAUUGGAGAGUAUCUGCUUUGCCGGUGCAUACUUUCCUAAGCUGCAGUCUCUAGAGCUCAGCACGUUCCUCCCAACUUUUGUCUCUCAGUUGGGAGCAGCAUAUCUCAAUCUUCCACGAUUGAAACUAGUUAAAGGUGAUGUAUCCAAUGCGUUCCUGUCUGACACAGAUGUGCAGAUUCUGCGUGACUAUCUUCCACGACUCGAGAUGUUCUUCAAUCUCAGUCUUACACAGCGGUCUCAAGGAAGUGCACUAUCAGUUAAUCCUCCUCUCCUGAUUAACAGGGCUACCGAUGCUCCCUCGUUUGUCCCGAAUAGGCUUUUAAUGCAGGACGUCAAAGGGGGCCAAUCUGCCUGUCAAUGCAUAGCACGCCUCUCCUCCUCCUAUCAAUAUGUUAGCUCUAUUGACAGUAGCGGCAUCAUUGUGUGUUCAGAGCGCAACCUUGGGUCUCUGGAUCCUCCUGUGAAUAAUACUAUUCUGCAAUGGCCCAUUCCGGGACGGGCAGUAACUGCACUACAAUCGUUUGAGGGACCGUCGGAUUCGGCAUUCGUAAAAACCAUUGCAAGUAUUUCUGCCCUAUUGGGACUGCCUCUGCAUUGUCAAUACUCACGUUGGUCUGACUUGAGAGGGGAUACCGUUAGUAGAAAUCUUCUCGAUACUCUCUUUAGGCUGUACAUUAUGCUACAGCGCUCCAGGCGCUCGUCUUCUCUUACUUUCGCAGUCAGCAACUUCACGAUUCACCAUAACCCUGUGUUCAUAGAACGCAUGAAAUAUAAAGCGCACAUUGAAACUCAGAUUAAAGUUGUCAAGCGGCUCAUAUUACGGACUAAGUUCUACUUAAUUGUAGUACAAGCACAGGAUGCUCUUGCACAAUCACGGGCCAACUUAGCUGCAAAGUACCAAAUACUCAAAUGUCGCGCUACGAUUAAAGAACAACAGCAGAGAAAGAUGGUGGACACCGCCUUGGCUCUACUCUCUUCGAAUAUACACACGGGACUAGAAAUGAUGAUGGCCAGAGAGAGGCUGCAGAAUGCAGCUCAAGAGCGGGCUGCGUUUCGGCUGCACUUCAGCCGUAUACAUGCAAACAUGGCAGCCCUCUUGGAGAAAUGUCAAGUCAUAGCUAUUGUAGAGUCAGCACAGUUCCUUCAGUCUGUGGUAAGGGCUAUGAUAACACGUAGCAGACUUGUGUUACAUAUCUGCGAAGAAGUCCAAAGAUUGAAGGAACAGGAGCGUUGUCGCUUCGAAAAAACUCGUCUGGCCACGCAGAAAAAGCUCGAGCUGGAAUUUGCACAGCUAGAAGAAGCUGAUGACGAUGUGACUGCAUGGGCUCUCAAAACGACGGGAGAGGCCUCUGAAUUCGAUAACAUUUUAGCUUGGGCAAACAACUCCGCGGAUAUAAACGUGGACUCUUCACUUUAUGAUGAGGCUCUCUUCAACACAGCAAGAGGACUUCGUACAGAUAUAUUUUCGCAGCCAUCUCCUAGCGAACAUUUUCCAAAAGAGGUCCACCCACCCGCAGUCCCUUCAAGCCUUGCUUUGAGUGUAACUAGUGACACUAACGAAAUCGAACACUCUGGUCCUGUCUCUUCUUUGUCGACGCAUACUGCCUCUCAUGGAAGUGGCACUCGCCUGUCCUUUAGGGCAUGUGAUGCGAGACCAUCAAGGGAUGUUUUAACCCCACAGGUACUCUCGCCUCCACGGUCACUUUUCAAGCACGAAGCAAUCAGCAUUCCACGGCAUUCCAAGAAAGCCCAGCAACCCUACAUUCCCAAGAGCAGGAGUGCUCCUCGGCAGCUUGAAAUUCGGCCUGUGGCCUUAGCUCCAGCUGACCAGCGGUCUCUAGAGUAUAAGCGGCGGCAGGCGCUUGUGAAAAACGCAGACAGCCUAGCACGAUCUCAUCAAGAUGCAGCAUCUAAACAGCACACUCUCGACCCCAUACUCAAGCAAAUAAAGACCGAUGGUUGGGACCUAAGUCCAGAGACUGCAAAGACUCUUGCGCUAAAGAGAAAGAAGGAGCUCGCCAUCGCACGAGCUGCGCAGGCCAGUGACCGGAAACGGUUUUGA